AUGGAAAUAAUUGCAGCAAUCUUCAGCCUCCUCAUCUUUUCGGCAAUUUGCCACAGUGAUGCUUUGAGCUCGAAUUACUACGAUAAAACGUGCCCUUCACUGGAAAGUAUUGUCUCGAGUACUGUUAAAGAAGCAUUCAAGACAGAUAAAACAGUACCAGCUGCUGUCCUUCGCUUGCACUUCCAUGACUGCUUCAUAAGGGGAUGUGAUGCUUCUGUGCUUCUAGACAAAGAUGGGAAUAACAAAGUAGAGAAAUCCGGCCCUCCAAACCUUUCACUGCAUGCUUUUUUCGUCAUAGAUGCUGCCAAGAAGGCUGUGGAAGAAGCAUGUCCUGGAGUUGUCUCGUGUGCUGACAUAUUGGCUUUAGCCGCGAGGGAUGCAGUAGGAGUUGCUGGUGGGCCCACUUGGAAUGUGCCUAAAGGAAGGAAAGAUGGGAGAACAUCACUUGCCAGUGAAACAAUACAGCUUCCAGCACCCACAUUCAACUUUUCUCAGCUCCAGCAAAGUUUCGCUCAGAGAGGCCUAAACCUUGGAGAUCUCGUGGCCCUUUCAGGUGGACACAGUCUCGGUUUUUCUCACUGUUCAUCCUUCAAAAACCGAUUGAACAACUUUGAUGCAACUCACAACAUUGACCCUUCAAUCAAUCCUUCAUUUGCUGCCAGCUUAAAAAGAGUAUGUCCAGCACACAAUCAAGUAAAAAAUGCUGGUUCCAACAUGGAUCCUUCCCCAUCAAUGUUUGAUAAUACAUAUUACAAGCUAAUUCUUCAAGGCAAGAGCCUCUUCUCAUCAGACCAAGCCUUGCUCGCAGCUCCAAGCACCAAAAAAUUGGUUUACCAAUUUGCCAGUUCUAAGCAAGCUUUCUAUGAAGCAUUUGCUAAGUCUAUGAUCAAGAUGAGCAGCAUUACAGGAGGACAAGAAGUGCGAAAGAAUUGCAGAAGGGUCAAUUAAGUUGAAAAACCUUUAAAGCCUCUUAGAUGUUGUAGACGGUCAGUCAGGGCAAUCAAGCACAGAGGGUGGCAAUUGUGUGAAGUGUUUCAGAAUUUGUUUUUCCUUUUACAUAAACUGAGAAAGACUAGGAUGAGCUUCUAUAGAAGGUGCAUCUUAAGUUAUCCUUGCAGAUUAAGAUCAGCUAUUUACCAAAUAGGUGAUGGUUGAGCCGUUGAGGUCCUGGCAAAGGAAAAGUGGCCUUAGUUAAGUGUGGCAGUAUGCUGCUUUUCCCUUUGCAAGAAGUGUAUCUUAAUGCUUUUGUAUUAAAAAGCGCAUGCUAUAAUGUAAUAUUGUAGUGUGAUAGCAGCAAAUGAACUUCAAAUAUUAUGAUUUUUGACAA